CUACCACACUGCAAGCGAAAUCGACGAAGACCACUCGCUGUUUCUCGUCUGCUGCUGUUUGUCAUGCGCACAAAUUACGACGUAAAGGAUUUCUGCUGAAAACUUGGGUGCUUUAUGGUUUUUCCUUCCCCUACGUAAAAAUGGCUGGGGUAUUAAAAAAGUCAACACUUCUGACCCGGGUGCCUGUCGCCGUCAACCCACAUCAUACCUUGGGGGUAUUAUACAGCAAGAUUCUUCGUGCCAUUGACAAAAUGCCCAAAGAUUAUCCAUACAGGAUUAACACAGAAACUAUUAUCAAGGAACGAGCUGCACACGUGAAAAACAAUCCAGUUGUAGCAGACUUUGAAAAAGCUAUAGACUGUGGUCAAGCAGAGGAGUUAAUUAUUCAAGCUGAAAGUGAAUUGCAAUUGGCACGGAAGUUCUUAGGUUGGAAGCCAUGGGAACCACUGGUCCAGGAAGCGCCUGCUAACCAAUGGAUGUGGCCUCCAACCAAAUAAUAUGUGAAUAUGGUAUGGUAUUUAAGAUUAAAAGAAUCAUGAGCAAAGGCAAAGUAGAUGAAAGUUAUUGUAAAUAAAUAUAUCUCUGAUCCUACAA